AUGGCCAGACCGGUAGUCAUGGCAGCUAUGGCGUUGCUCACCUUUCUAGGAUUUCUAUUUCUGCUGUUCCCUUCGUCGUUCUCACAGUCCUCAGAACCCAUUGGUAAGGCUUCAGAUCCAAUCGUUUCCGCCCAGCAAGAUGGAGACUACUUGGUCGGCGUGGGAAAAGCAGACAUCACUGGACCCGUCGUUGAGAUCAACCUGAUGGGGUACGCGGACACGGCGCAAACAGGCACAGGUCUUCGACAACGGCUCUAUACGCGAGCAUUCAUCUUUGCGAACUCCGAGUCUCCCUCCGAAAGAGUAGCAUACCUUGUUCUUGAUACGCAGUCUGGCGACACAGCCAUUCGUCAUGGCAUUCUGGAGGGUCUCAAGGGCAUGGGACCAGAAUAUGAUGUCUACAGCCGGAGCAACGUUGCUGUCACUGGUACUCAUAGCCAUUCUGGUCCAGGUGCGUGGUUGAACUAUCUACUGCCUCAGAUCACCAGCAAUGGUUUCAGCAAAGAGAGCUAUCAAGCAAUUGUCGACGGCUCUCUCCUCGCCAUACGUCGUGCGCACGAGUCCUUGACGACAGGUACCUUACGUUAUGGAUCUGCCAAGGUUGUUGAUGGGAACGCAAAUCGCAGCCCAGCCGCGUAUCUUGAGAACCCGGCAUCUGAACGUGCACAAUACACGGACGAUGUGGACAAAGACCUCACUCUUCUAGAGGUCAGCAGUGCUGGCAGGACCCUGGGGCUGCUGUCGUGGUUUCCAGUACAUGGCACCUCUCUGUAUCAGAACAACACGCUUAUAACUGGAGACAACAAAGGCGUGGCAGCGUAUCUGAUGGAAGAGGCCAUGAAGUCAACAAAUCCAUCUUUCGUCGCCGGCUUUUCUCAGGCGAAUGUCGGCGACACCACACCCAACACUCUGGGUGCGUACUGUGAAGAAACCGGCCUCCAAUGUACUUUUAAUGACAGUACCUGCGAUGGAAAGACCCAGGGAUGCCAUGGACGAGGUCCCUUCUUCCAGUAUAAUGAUCAAGGCACCAAGUCAUGCUUUGAUAUCGGACGAAGACAGUAUGAGGCAGCUAGAUCUCUGCUGGAUAGCGCAGACCUGCAGCCGAUCACUGGUCCCACGGUUUCAUCCUACCAUUUCUUCCAGGACAUGUCGAACUUCACCUUCAGCAACCCGUUGGAUCAAUCUCGCGAAGCCAAGACCUGUUCCGCAGCACUCGGCUACAGCUUUGCAGGCGGUACAACUGAUGGACCUGGGGCCUUUGACUUCACACAAGGCUUGAAUGACACAGAUGACUCCCCAGCACUCGACAAUCCAGUAUGGAAAGCAGCAAGAUUCUUUCUGCACCAGCCAUCUGAUGCGCAGAUGAAAUGUCAGAGCCCUAAGCCAAUUCUGCUUGACGUGGGUGCCACUACAAAGCCGUAUCAGUGGUCACCCAACAUUGUGGACAUCCAAAUGCUUCGAGUCGGAUCUCUGUUCAUGAUCAUCGCGCCUGGAGAAGCUACGACCAUGUCAGGCCGUCGUUGGCGAAAGGCUAUUGCUGAAGGCGCGUCCGGCCUGCUUGACGUUGAAGACCCAAAAGUUGUUAUCGGCGGACCAGCCAAUACCUAUGCUCACUACAUUGCGACAGAAGAGGAAUAUGGGUUCCAGCGAUAUGAAGGUGCAAGCACACUGUACGGCCCACAUACUCUGGCAGCCUACGUGAACCUCACUGUUCAGCAUCUGCCGUACCUGGGUAAUGCGGCAGAGGUUACCCAGCUUCCAGCACUUGCCCUUGGACCAUCACCUCCUAUCAAUGUCAACAACUCAUUGUCGUUUAUUACUGGAGUAGUGGUAGACAACCCACAAAUACUGAAGAAAUUCGGUGAUGCGCUCGAGUCACCAGACUCUGCCCAGAUUUUCACGGCUGGCGAAAUUGUGGCAGCAAAAUUCGUCGGCGCGAAUCCGCGGAACAACUUCCGUUUAGAGGGCACCUUUGCUGCCGUCGAGCAACGUGACGAGGCAACUGGUCAAUGGUCUGAGGUCCGCACCGAUAAGGACUGGUUUCUCGUAUACAAUUGGAAGCGUACCAGUACAAUAUUGGGGACCAGUGAAGUCACUCUGGAAUGGGAGAUUGAGCCGGGAACGCCGAAGGGCGUGUAUAGACUACGGUACUAUGGAGAUUGGAAGAGUCUUGGAGGGAAGAUCACAGCGUUUGAAGGGACCAGCGGCACUUUCAAUGUCGAUGGCGGUGGGAGUGGCGGAAGCAUUGUUGACGAAUUACUCAGGAUGUAA